CAAGAACUGACCGCCAAGUUGUGGUGUCUCAUCAAAUGAUGUCCAAAAUCAAUGACAUUCUGUGUCUUCGGGCGGAGAACUCGCGGCUGAAGAAUGAGUUGCAAUUCGUGCAGAACUUUAACGAGUUGUUGCAAAACUAUCGCCAUUUGAUGACCAACUGUAUGACCACAUGCGACACCUGUGCCAAGAACGAGGACAUGGCCACGAAGUACCAGUACCUGGAAGUGACGUACACUAAGCACCUGGACUUUGCCAAAGAGAAAGAGCUCCGGGCGCUCAACCCGUUGCCAACCGGCGGCCAAAACGCUGCCACCGAUGGCCAGAACAACGCCGACGUCGACGUGAAACCCGGUGGACACCUCUUUGACGACUCGGAUGACGACGACUCGGACGAUGAAGAGGACGGACCCGACAGCGAGGACGACACCGAUGAUGACGACGAUGAAGAGUAUGGCGGCGGCGGUGCCGGUGAUAGCGAUUCCUAUAUCGAUCCCAUUGAUUAUCUAAUGAUACAACAGCGGCCGCCGCCGCCUCCACCGCCCGCCCCGAGGGGGAGACCCCGUCGGGCGGCCACCAGACAGACUGCCAAACCGGCCGCAGCGCCCGCCGCCGCACGUGCCGUACGCCAGAAGCGCAAUACGCGAACCACGUGGAUCAAGAACCAGAAGUACUACAAGUGUGACUCGUGUGAGUACACGCACCGCAAACUACCGAACCUGGAGUCACACAAAAACAAAGUACACCUAAACAUCAGGCCAUUCAAGUGCGACAAAUGCGACAAAGAUUUUACGGGUAAACCAGUGCUCGACAAACACAAACGCAAAGUACACAACGAGUCCGAAUCGGUGUAUCACUACUGCGAUUGGCAGGAAUGCAAAUUCCGGACCAAAUACUGGAACAAUCUGAAGGAGCAUAAACUGCGGCAUACGGGCGCCCGUGGGUUCCGGUGCGCGUGGCCGGGCUGUGACAAGUCCUUCUACAACAACAAGGAGUUGACGCAACACAUGUCCAGCCACGAGGACGCCAAGGAUUGGCGCUGCGAUUGGCCCGGAUGUGGGGCCAGUUUCAAGCGCGCCGUCUACUUGGGUCGCCAUAAGCUGUUGCAUACCUGUCCCGAUACGCUGCACCCGUGCAUAUCGCAACAGUUGGCCGCCGUUACGGCCGGUAUUGGCGGCCAUCAGGACGGCGGCCGCCAUCACCACCACAGCCACCAUCACAGUCGACAGCAGCAGCAGAUAGUGCCUCAGAUGAUGGCGGCCGCAGCGGUGGCCCAGAGGGGUCAGAUGAUGAGCGCCGCGGCCGCUGCCGCCGCUAUGGGCGCCGGUGGGGUCGGGGGAGCCGGCGGCGGUGGCGGAGCCGGUGUUGGCAGUGGACUACAGUCGCCACCGCCGCCGCAAUUGUCGUUCCGGUGGCCAAACAUUCCGCCAAAUAUGGCAAACAUAGCCAACAUUCCUAACAUUCAUAACAAGACAUUUUGA